AAAAAAAAAAUGUUGGUUUUAGUUCUUGGUGAUUUGCAUAUACCACAUCGAUGUAGUAGUCUGCCACCAAAAUUCAAGAAACUUCUUGUACCCGGAAGAAUUCAUCACAUUCUAUGCACCGGGAAUUUAUGCACAAAGGAAUCAUUUGAUUACUUGAAAACUCUCGCCAAUGAUGUUCACAUUGUCCGUGGUGAUUUUGAUGAGAAUCUCAACUAUCCGGAACAAAAAAUUGUCACUGUAGGACAGUUUCGGAUUGGCCUAUCGCACGGUCAUCAGGUUGUUCCACGGGGAGAUCCUGAAGCUUUGGCACUGAUUCAACGUCAACUUGAUGUUGAUAUUCUAAUAUCCGGACACACUCAUAAAUUUGAAGCUUACGAGCAUGGAAAUAAGUUUUAUAUAAAUCCAGGUUCGGCAACUGGAGCAUUUAAUCCAUUGGAUACAUCUGUCAUUCCGUCGUUUCUUCUCAUGGACAUACAAAGUACAACAGUUGUCACAUAUGUGUACCAACUGAUUGGAGAUGAAGUCAAAGUCGAACGGAUAGAAUAUAAGAAGAGUUAAAUUAUAUAUAUAAUUAAGGAAAGAUAUAAAUAACUGGUGUUUUUAUCAUAUUAUUAUUUUUAUUAUCA